AUGAAACUGAAAAAUAUUCUUGACGCCAACUAUACCAGUCACAAUUGGCGAAAGCCUUUGCCAUCUGCUUCUAACCCGCUCGUUUUAGACGAGAUACGUCUUGAGAACAGGCCAAACGACCAUUCACAAGCCCCUUCGAAAGCUAGCCAGCAUGAUGAGCAACCAAUUCUCAAAAAGCGCCAUGCAACGACUGCAAUGGAAUUGUUCUUCGACCUCUUUUUCGUGGCCAACCUUGGAAGUUUUGCUUCAGCUCAUGAAAUUAACACUACCGAAAAUGUAAAGUCGUACGUCGGUUACAUAGCGAUCUUAUGGUUCUAUUGGCUCCAGACUGCGCUCUUCGACAUUAGAUUCUACUCCGAUUCCGUUUCUUCACGUACGUUUAAGGCCCUACACCUAGGGAUUAUGACCGGGUUUGCUGUUCUAGCCCCGAAUUUUGACGUGACCGACCCUCUCAACCAUCCACGUCGCUUCCGUAACAUGAGUUUAGUCCUUGCGGCAUCCCGCCUCAUACUCGUAUUUCAAUAUGGAAUUGUGGCUUGGUAUGUGCGAGGGUAUAAAAAAACCCUCAGCGCAAAGAUAAUUACAACAGGAACGCUUUUUGUUUCAGCUUUGGUGUUCUUGAUUAUCGCGCUUGCAUCACAGAUGGACCGUGCUCGUUAUGCGUAUCUCGGUUGGUACAUUGUGCCGGCCGUGGAGGCUGUGAUUAUGAUUGCAAUUUCUAGCUUCUGGAAAGUGCUAAGCUUCAAGGGGACUCCAAUCGUUGAGCGAUUUGGAGGUAUGACCCUCAUAGUUCUUGGAGAAGGUACCGUUGGAAUGGCUAAAGCGGUGACAAGCAUCGCCAAAGGAACAUCCCACCCCACAGCAUCUUCGAUAGUGCUUAUUACUUGCUAUGUCGUAAUUCUGUAUUUUAUGUAUAUGAUAUACUUUGAUCAAACCGAUGAAAACCGUUUCGGAACCAUUCGCCAGCAAAUCUGGGCACUGUUGCACUUCCCAUUGCACAUGGCUAUUCUUAUUACGAACGAAGGAAGUCGUACUUUCGUCCUCUAUAGCGUUGCCAAGGGCAUCUAUGAGAAGGCUUUCAGGGACUCUCAACGUUUGAAGGUCUAUGAUAGUAUACCUCAGCUGGUUGACAGCCUUAAAGAGAUAGUCUCCAGCUUGAAAGGGAGACUCAGGGAUACCCAAGAAGUUCCGGACUUUAGCUCCAUCUAUGGCAACAUUACUGCUAUUAAAAACCCUAGAACAGACGCACAAAAAGUGGAAGAUCUACUUACUGAGUUUAACGGAAGUACCUUUGUCUGGAUUAUGCGCUCCUUCGGUGUCGACAUCGGCGAAUCGCACUCAACCAAAAUUGAAACUGCCCGCGAGCGGAUCGAUAAGCUAUCUGAGAAAUUCUUUGUGGUCUUCCGAUUCUUUUUCAUAUCUGCUGGACUUGUUCUCGUCUUCAUGGCCUUGUUACACUGGUUUUCGAAGUCACAUAAAAGCCGAGGAGAGGUCAUGUCCAUCAUCAUCACUACUGUCGCUGGCAUUGGUCUAUCUCUGACCUCGAUUGUGGCCCUAGUUGAUGGCAAUGGUAAGAAUGCAUUUUCGAACUAUCUAAACAGUGGAUGGAUAGUCCCUUCUGUUGUUCUCGUCUACGGUUUUGUGGUUGCAAUUGACAACAUUAUUAUUGUUGUUUCCCAUCAACGAAGAAGCAAAUAUACUUCUCAAGCCUAUACACGAGUUCCAUGA